GUGGUCCAGCUCAUCCAACUCUUUCCAACUAUUAAAUCCGUACCCGAUCCAUUCAUGCCUUGCAUUUCCCACUUCUCUACCCGUAUCCUAGAUAACUUCCUUAGGUUGAAGGAUUUCGCAAAAGUCCCGUAGCAAAGUAUGGAUACACUACCCAUGUCUUUUAGUGGUGACGUCCGGAACGACCAAUAUUCUGCAAGCGAGUUCCACGACUCCCAAUUUAUGAUGGAGCAAGGCGACGAAUACCUAUACGCCCAACUUAGCACCGAGCUUAGCAGUUCUUCGAUCGACGCACUGCCAGCAAAAGCUCGCCAAUCGAAAUCUUCGCCUCAGAAAUCGGCCCCCAAUAAAAGAGCCUCGGGAAGACUUGCGGAUCGCCGUGCCAAAGAUCGGUCGACGUCACAAUCCAAAUCGGAUAAAGCUGACUCUUCCGGGUCCGGGUCGUCAAUUCGAUCGUCCGAAACAUCAGAAACUCGCUCGUCACAUCAGACCGUAACGCCGCCAGAUGAUACAAGCGCUUGCACAACGGGUAGGGCGAAUAGUAAACCCAGACAGAACAGGGUUGUGCCACCAAACUCUCCUCCCACUACGGAGACACGGCAACGAACGCAUUACGCAGAUGAUGAUACUGAUCGUAGCAACAACAUGAGCGAAAGGACCAAGUACCUGCAGCGGAAUCGAACCGCGGCGACUAAGUGUCGCCAAAAGAAAAAGGAAUGGGUGACUGAGCUAGAAGAAAUGAAGGUUGACCUAGAAAACCAGCAUAAUCACCUUCAAAAAGAGUUUAACGACUUGAAAAAUGAGGUUACUCUUGUAAAGUCGCAGCUCAUGGAUCAUUCCGGUUGCAACGAUUCCAAUAUCAACAAAUGGAUCGAAAAUGAAGCCAAGAAAUUUGUCUUGGGAACGAGCGAAAAAUACGACCAGAUGCUGGCUCAUUUAGGCCACAGUCCUAGACAUAUUAUUAGCCGUCAGGACAGCUUCUCUUCCACCGCAGGAUAUCAGACUGCACAUGAUGCAGAAAUUAUUAGCCCAGUGACUCCGUCACAUCCAUUCCAAUCCGGGGGUUUUUUACCAAGUCCAUCUAUACUCUACGGUUCGGAUCUAACGCCGAACUUCCCUCAGGUCGCAGCAUCAGACUCACACGAAGAGCCCUAUCCGAUGGAUGCCCUGCAUGAUACGAUGGCCGAAGACAUCACGGCUUUCCAUAAUAUGCCGAUGACGGAGCCAUUUGAAAAUCCCAUUAUUCUUACAAACUGAUUCGGAAGUGUUCCAAACCCGAGGGAAAACUCACCUGAGGCCGUAAGGUGGUAUAGUCAUACGCCAGAGCGUUCAAGCUGAAUGUCGUUCUCUUGCAAAUCUUGUUGACGGACGAAAUAUAUUAUAGUUGGCAAUACUGGUGCACAUAUCUGAUGAAAACGGUGGAUGGUAGUCUAGUACGAAUGGCGUCUGUGUUUCCG